AGCUGAAGUGGUGGACGGGCAUGGUAGGACUGCUGGUAGGAUUAGUGGCCUUCGGAGCACUCGUAGGCGUGACCAGCUAUCACAUGGGCUACGAGGAGGCCCAUCUGUGGGCCGCUGACAAACAGCAGCAGACCCUGGGCCUCGCCAAAGAGAAUUGCCGGAACUAUGUGAAGAGGAUGCAGAGACUAAUGACAACAGAAAGACAAAUAGUACAGGCGUUGGUUGCAACUACACUGCCAAAAGUUGGUGUUAAGCAGACAAAUGCAGCUAUUCGGGCAAUGGGUGCAACUCAACAAGCAGGAGUAACUUCACAGAAAACAGGAGCAACUCAACAGACAGGAGCAACUCAACAGACAGGAGCAACUCAACAGACAGGAGCAACUACACAGAAAACAGGGGCAACUCAACAAGCAAGAGCAACUCCACAGAAAACAGGGGCAAUUUUACAAUCAGGAGCAAUUUCACAAGCAUGAGCAAAUCCACACGCAAAUGUAACUACAGACAGCAGGCACAACUACCAAACAGGUGCAAAUACACAGACAACAGAAGCAAAUACACAAACAACAGGUGCAAGUACACAGACAGCAGGUGCAACUACACACACAGCUAGUGCUAGUACACAGACAGAAGGUGCAACUACACACACAGCUAGUGCUAGUAAACAGACAGCAGGUGCAACUACACACACAGCUAGUGCUAGUACACAGACAGCAGGUGCAACUACACACACAGCUAGUGCUAGUACACAGACAGCAGGUGCAACUACACACACAGCUAGUUCUAGUACACAGACAGCAGGUGCAACUACACACACAGCUAGUGCUAGUACACACAGCUAGUGCUAGUACACAGACAGCAGGUGCAACUACACACACAGCUAGUGCUAGUACACAGACAGCAGGUGCAACUACACACACAGCUAGUGCUAGUACACAGACAGCAGGUGCUAGUACACAGACAGCAGGUGCAAGUACACAGACUUUUGGCAACUGCCCUAAAGCAGUUUAGGACUUGCCCAUUAAUAAAUGAAUAAACCUUGGGUGAGUUAAGGUGUACCACAUCCAACUCAUGUGUGGCACCCCCAAUUGGUUAAAAUUCUAGGGUAUUUUUGUAUUAGUAGGCCC